GGAAGGCGCGGCGGCGGCGGCGGCGGGGGCGUCCCAUGGUGAGGCGCAGGGCGCUGUGGAGCUCCGGCCUCGCGCUCUUUCCCCCCUCGGCGCCCGGCAGCGGGCGGGCAGCGGCCAAGGAGCGCCGGCAGCCUCGAGGCCUUUGGGGCCAGCAGCAGCGGCAGCAGCAGCAGGAACCGGGCAGAAAGCGCAGCAGCAGCAGCAGCCCCGCCAUGGACGACGAGGAGGAAGAAACGCCUCAGGGGAGUUCUUCGCCAAAAGAUAUGGACGAAGAGCAGCCUUUGUCUCCUUGCGAUCAGAAUCCUAAAGAAGCAGUACGGAAACGGCAAAAUUCUAGUCAAGGUUCCCGGGGCAGCGAUUCUUCCAGAACAUCCAGAAAAAGCUUCAGACUGGAUUAUAGGUUGGAGGAAGAUGUAACAAAAUCAAAGAGAGGUAAAGAUGGGAGGUUUAUCAACCCCUGGCCAACAUGGAAACCUCCAUCUUUCCCAAAUAUUAUGAAAUGGGCUCUUACGGAAAAGGACAACAGCAAGGUCCCAUCUUCAAAGCAGGAACUUGACAGAGAGCUUCCAGUACUGAAACCUUACUUUGUUCAAAACCCCGAACUAGCUGGAAAAACCGGAGCUGGUAUGCGAGUAACAUGGCUUGGACAUGCUUCUGUAAUGGUGGAAAUGGAUGAACUUACACUUCUUACUGACCCCAUCUUCAGCCAGCGGGCCUCUCCAGUGCAAUUUGGAGGACCUAAGCGUUUUAGAGGACCUCCGUGUACUGUAGAUCAACUCCCCAAAAUAGAUGCAGUGAUGAUCAGCCACACUCAUUACGACCACUUGGACUACCACUCCGUAAUAAAUUUAAAUAGUCGCUUUGGCAGUGACCUGAGAUGGUUUGUGCCCCUGGGUCUUUUAGACUGGAUGCAGAAAUGUGGCUGUGAGAAUGUAAUUGAGCUGGACUGGUGGGGAGAAAACUGUGUUCCUGGUCAUGACGCAGUUACGUUUGUUUUUACUCCUGCCCAACACUGGUCCAAGAGGACUGCAACAGAUGACAACAAAGUUCUCUGGGGAAGCUGGUCUGUCUUGGGGCCCUGGAAUAGGUUCUUUUUUGCCGGAGAUACUGGCUAUUGUGUUGCAUUUGAGGAGAUAGGGAAGCGAUUUGGACCUUUCGAUCUUGCAGCUAUUCCCAUUGGAGCAUAUGAACCAAGGUGGUUUAUGAAAUACCAGCACGUGGACCCCGAAGAAGCAGUAAGGAUUCAUAUUGAUGUACAAGCAAAGAAGUCUGUUGGAAUUCACUGGGGAACCUUUGCUUUAGCAAAUGAGUAUUACUUGGACCCUCCUGCUAAACUGAUGGAAGCUCUAGACAGAUACGGACUGAAAACUGAAGAUUUCUUUGUCUUAAAGCAUGGUGAAUCACGAGACUUAAAUAUUAACGAGGAUGGAUUUGAAUAAAAAUGGGGGGAAAUCGAUUUCUUAUCAAUUGUAUCUGGGGGUGGGGGAAGCAAUUAAGGUUGAUACCUUUUUGUAAAAUUUUGAACAGGAUUUUUAAGAUUUCAGGAGUUUGCAUACCAGCCUUAUAAAAUUGCAAGUUUUUAAUAAAUGAAUGAAAUAGCACUUGAUAGCAUUAACUUAGCUGCACAUGCCGUGUACAUAAGGAGUUAAUUGCAUUGCCUGUGAAGUCAUUUCACCUCUUUAAAACCAGUGCAGGUCACCUGCUAGAGAUUAACUAGGCCACAAUCCAUAAGACCCAAGAGGACCUGUGAACUCAAGGCUUUCUUGACAUAGCAACCCUCCCUCCCUCACUGAACUGCUAAGUGCUUUAACCUUCCCUUUUUAAAAAUCGGAUUUCUGGUUUAAAAAGUGGGGGAUUACACUGAAAAACAAGGCCUACAUACACAUGAAGAUUUGGAGCACAGAGAGUGUAACCUUCUGUUAGAUAAAGUGCUUGUGUAUAGAAAUUGGUUUCUGCAUGCAUUUGACUGCAAGUCUGCUAUAGUAAAAUCUCCCAUUGGCAAUGGCCUUCAGGCCAGGGGCUCAUAUGCACACUAGUUUACCAUAUGCAUUGAUGUGCUUGUGGGACCCCUUCCUGCCUUGGAGUGUGGUGGGAAGAGCAUAGUUAAGGCACUCCAUCAUUUCCACCAAUGAUCUGAUCAACAGGCAUUGGGUGGAAUUAGAAAACUGCAGGUAGGUUUUCCUGAAAAUGAUGGUAUGUGUGCAUUCAUAUACCUGGAAGGUCUUGCUGAAAUACCAUUAAUUUUUGGCAGGUGAUUAGGAUCGAAACCUUCAUUUGCAUACAUCCCACUAUCCUGUGAAAUAGACACACUUUCUAAUCUUUAGCAUCCUUACUCAGAUGCCAAGCCUGCAGUGAUAGAACCAGUAUGCAUGUUUCAGAUUGCAUAUUUUACAGCAGAAUCCUAACCAUGUCUACUCAGAAUCAAGUCCUAUUUAAUUCAGUGGGACUUCCUUCCUCAUAAGUGGGAUUAGGAGCACAGCCUUAGCUACUAUUGUUUAACAUCAGAAAGGGCUUGGGUUGUUGGUUGUUUUUUGGAUUAGGCUAAAAUCUGAAAUGAUCUAGUUCAGGGCAGUCCAGCAUGCAUCCUGAGGGCUGCAUGUGUCCCUCGAGGCCUUUUUAGCGACAUUUGAUGCUCCCCCCCCCCCCCCGCAGCCCUUGUGCUGCCUUCCCAAAGUCAGGUAAGUGAGGCACUGGGCUUUGGGAA